UGUGAAAACAAUUAACAAUUAAACAAGUGAAAAAAAAAGCCAAAAAUUGGCCAAGUGAUAAAAGACUUUUAACCAGAAAAUACCAAACAGAUCUGAGAUGGCUUCCAAGUACACUACUAUCAUUGUGACACUUUUCACAAUUGUCAUACAACAAAGGCAGCACUAUUGUUUGGCCGACAAUGUUUACUUUCCCAGCAAGGAUGUGAAAUUCAAUCUACCCAUAAACGAGGAAUCGGAGAGCCUCUUCUCGAAGAUGCCACUGGCCCAGUUCCAAGUGCUGGAGAUGGAGACCAACCAACUGGCCAGGGACUACAUCUACAGCCUGGAGGACAACUCCCUUUUGCGAAUCAAUAUCACCUCCGGGGAGAUAUUCAUGCGAACGGACUACAAACCUCUGAAUCAAAGUGUCAAAUAUGUGGUCACCGCAUUUCCCAAAGAGCAGCCGGAGAACGAACUGCUGCCCGUUACCCAUCUCACCCUGGAGGUCGUUCCACAACCACUGGAGGACUAUUGCGCCGAGCUGGAGAACGUUUGCUUUUGGAGCAGUGCCCAGUACAGUAUAGCGGAAUCGCACGGGGAGUACAGGAACCGAGAGUCCUUCGAGCCGGUGCUCAUUGGAGCUUUAAGUUCCAGAGCAGCCAGGUAUCUUUGCCACGUGACUCUGGAUUACUCUAUCACGGCGGGCAGUGCCCAUUUCAUUCUCAAGCAAAACCGGCUUUACUCGAGGAAGCCUAUGGAUCACGAUGAACUCAAUGGUCUAAACGCCAAGGCGGGUGAGCUGCACACCAGGAUUACCUGCACCGCUAAACUGUUCAGCAAGGAGCUCAAGAAAUUUUCCCGCUCCUUCGACAUCAAGCUCCUCGAUCGCAACGACAAUGGACCAAAGUUGCAGGAAAGCGAUUCCAAGUUCGAUUUCUAUCUGGAUCAUCCUUAUUUCCAGGCGAACGAGGAGGUGGGCGAGAAAAUCAUCUACGUAGACAGGGACACGCUGGCGGCGAACGCUCAGCUGGUCUACGCCAUCCAUAAUGACACCAAAGAGCUCCUUCGUCCGGACUGCCACGCCUACGAGGCUGAUCACACAGGCCGCCCGCACACUAUUGUCAGUUGUCAACUUCGGUUUUCCCGCAGUGGAGUGUUCCAUGACACACCUUACUGCGUCUCCUUGGAGUCCCGGGAUAACACCAUCGUGGGCCACAACGUGGAAAUGUCAGCCACUGCCGACAUUUGCAUCCACAUCGACUUGAGAAACCUUCAUGGAACGAUUCACGAGCUACCUCAGGCACUUCCGCUGCGAUCACCUGUGCGCCGGAUAUUCGACGAUAAUGAAUUCCACGGGGAUUCGGGGUCUCGGGCCCGGGGUCCCAUUACAGUGGACUACGAGAAGGACGUGUCUGUGUACCGGACAGCGUCUGCCUAUAACAGGGUGGCCCAGCCGGAUAGCUUCCUGGACCUGAUGCGGAUGCGCUUCAUCCGAUUCAACAUCGUCGAGGAUCGGAGCGGAGCCUUUGACAUAACCCCGACCUCGGGGAUUGUCUAUGUCAGGAAUCCCCAGGCCUUGGCGGAGGCGCCUGAGACUAUAUACUUUCUAAACGUAACCUGGAUGGACAAGGAGCAUGUCGCCCACGUCCGGGUUAUAAAUGUGCAUCUGGUUCAGGGACGGCCCGAGAACACCAGCUGCGAGCUGCAGAUCAAGUCCCGUUCGCAGACCUGCGCCCAAGUGAAGUACAGGAGUCAGUGCAGCCAGUUCUGUGGCCUGGCCACCGGAGGAGGAGCCUGUCAGUGGCGAGGUUCCCAUACGGCAAUGUUUAGCAUCCGCUAUGGUUCUUGCGUGCCCGAUGCGCGAUACUGUCCGGAUCGUGUGUGCGAUCCUCUGGAGGAACUCAACCCGAUGGCCUGCCCACAAGACUGUACGCCGUCGAACAAAAUAGUCGGCCCCCACACGUCUAAUGAAAACAAAAGAGGAAUAUCCAGCGGAUCGGGGACCUGUAUCUGCGAGGACAACGGUCGGUGUUCCUGUGCUCCACUGGACGAGGAGCCUAAGGUUAAGAAGUCUCGCAAGCGGAAGAACGAAACCGAUGCGGAAACACUUUUGGCGAGAAAGAGUGCCACUGGGGAUCAAUCCAUGCAGGAUCCUCUGGUCCUGGGAGUCCUUAACGUAGCUGGCUUUGAAUGCAACAGAUCCUGCAUGUUUUUCCUAAUCAGCUGUCCAUUGGUUGUGGUUUUCCUGCUCCUUUGCUUGCUCCUGACCCAACGGAAGAUGCUCCAGCGUCGUCUGGGCAAACAGUCAUUGACUCCAUCCAACAAACAAGCACCCGCAGAGCCUGGAGAGGGUGAUCUUCCCCUGAUGCCGCUGCAGAGUGGAUUCAAGUUUGAGAGCUCCGAUGGCAAAUGGGAGUUUCCCCGUGAGAAACUGACUCUGGACGUGGUGCUGGGUGAGGGGGAAUUUGGUCAGGUCCUUAAAGGAUAUGCCACGGAGAUAGCAGGACUACCGGAUAUAACAACAGUGGCUGUCAAGAUGCUAAAGAAGGGCGCCAACUCCGUGGAGUACAUGGCUCUGCUGUCCGAGUUCCAGCUGCUCCAGGAGGUCUCCCAUCCGAAUGUGAUCAAACUAUUGGGAGCCUGCACUACAUCCUCGGAAGCACCGCUUCUAAUUAUCGAAUAUGCCCGAUAUGGUUCCCUGAGAAGCUAUCUUCGACUGAGCCGGAAGAUAGAGUUUUCUGGUGUGGAUUUUGCUGAUGGAGUGGAGCCCGUCAGCGCCAAGAUGAUGCUAACCUUUGCCUGGCAAAUUUGCAAGGGAAUGGCCUAUCUCACGGAACUCAAGCUGGUCCAUCGGGAUUUGGCAGCCCGGAAUGUCCUUUUGGCGGAUGGCAAGAUUUGUAAAAUAUCCGAUUUCGGUUUGACCCGAGAUGUCUACGAGGAUGAUGCAUAUUUGAAACGCUCUAGAGAUCGGGUUCCAGUCAAGUGGAUGGCUCCAGAGUCUCUGGCAGAUCAUGUGUACACCAGCAAAUCGGAUGUUUGGGCUUUCGGCGUUCUCUGUUGGGAACUGAUAACCCUCGGAGCUUCUCCGUAUCCUGGCAUAGCGCCUCAAAACUUGUGGUCCCUUUUGAAGACAGGAUACAGAAUGGACAAACCGGAGAAUUGCUCGGAGUCAGUGUACUCCAUUGUGCGAACCUGCUGGGCAGACGAACCAAAUGCAAGACCAUCUUUCAAGUUCCUGGCCUCGGAAUUCGAGAAGCUGCUCGGAAACAAUGCCAAGUAUAUCGACCUAGAGACGAAUGCCGUUUCAAAUCCCCUAUAUUGCGGCGACGAUGCCGCGCUAAUGACCUCCAGCGAUUUGGGUGAACCCGAAUCCCUGCAGCACUUGUGGUGGCCACCCAAGGUAGCCUACGAUAUUCAUGACCAGGGAACCAGCUACGACCAGUCCGAGGCAGAGAUGCCAACUAUUUCCAUGGCACCUCCUGGCUACGACUUACCACGCCCCUUAAUCGAUACCACCUCGAAGGAGCAGGUGUUGAGGUACGAGAACGAUUUGAGGUUUCCUCUGAAUAUCCGAAAGUCCAGCUGCACUCCCAGCUACAGCAACAUGACCAGUGGCUCUCCCGCGGCCACAGCUCUGCCCGAAUAUGCCGUUCCUGUUAAGAGGAAUCACUCCUAUCUGGACAUGACCAACAAGAGUCUCAUUCCGGACAAUCUGGACAGCAGGGAUUUCGAAAAACAUCUUUCGAAAACGAUUUCAUUCCGAUUCUCAAGUUUGCUAAAUCUCAAGGAGUCAGCAGAAACAUCUCCGGAGCAGCACCAGGACGAAAAUGCUGUCUAGAGCAAGAUCCUUUUUCCAUAAUUUAAUGUGUAUAGUUUCUCCCACCUACCAAGUACCAUAGUCUCUCAAUGGCGCCUGUUUUUCAGUUCAAACUGUUUGUUGAUUAGUUUUAGUUUUAUAUUUAAUCUUAUAGCUUUAUUCCAAUGCCAAAAAUAGAUUUUAAACGAAGCGAAUUCGAUUUCGAAUACUCCAAAGCAUUUAUAAGAAAGUAAAUAAUACUUACUCCAAUUCAGUCAUAAAAGUUUGACCAUCAAUUACCAUACAAGCAUUUAAAAACAAUUUAUUUUAUGCCACUUUUUAUAAAAAUCGUACAAGUCUUAAUGCAGCAAACAAAUGUUUUAAGGUUUUAAGAUAAUAAAUAAUACGUUUUGUACAAACUAUACAAAUCUAUAUAUAUAGGAUUAUAGGAUUUUAUAUUGUGUUCUUCAAAAAGCUUAAGAGUGUGCCUCAUUUUAUUUUAUAACAUUUUAAUAGAUCGUGAAGUGUUCCUCUUAGUUCAUCUUUUAUAGAAUAUGAUUAAGAACUUUUUUUAAAUAAGCUUUAAAUUUUAUUUUAUUUUUCAGUCAUAGGGUAAGAGAUUAGUCAUUCACAUAAAUUAAAAGCUAAAAUACACAUUCAUAAAAGGUUUGUUUGGUACACCUGGUACUUUUCCAAAGUUAUAAGCAACCUGCACCAACAAUCUCACAGGCACUUUAGAUUUUUAGGCUUUUGGGCGCAUUUACUUAUUUAUCUAAGAUUAAUUUUUAUAUGCCAAAUAGCGAU